GAGGGGAGAAGAAGUCAAGUCAAGGGCUUCUCAAGAUCUGUGGCUCAUCCUUUAUUGGUCGUCCACAUGUUUUGCUGCCCUGAAUCCUCCUGAUCCAGGCCUCGAGGGGUCACAGCUUGUGGUGGACGACGAUUAGCAAGAGAGAGAGGCUUAUGCUGAAGUCGUCUCAUGGCUUGAUUCGAGUCAAGGGUCCAAGGGGAUAAAUACCCACUUUGCAGGGCCUUUCAUCCUCGUCGCACAAGCCAUAGAGGUGAGAGAUAUGGAGGACAUCACUGCUGUACCCACGAGCUGGUCUGUGCAAUUUAUUGCAGCACUGGUUUUCCUGUACGUCCUGCAGAAGGUUUUCAGGAGAGUAAGAUAUACGGGCGGGAAAAGACCUCCUGGUCCCCCAUCGUUGCCAUUGAUUGGCCAUUUCCAUCACCUUUUAUUCGGGUUGCCUCACCACUCCCUCGCCAGAAUCGCUGAAAAAUAUGGACCCAUAGUGUGGCUGGAACUGGGAGCUGUAAAUGCUGUGCUUGUAAGCUCGUCGGAUAUGGCCAGGGAGUUUUUGAAGACUCAAGAUCACAUAUUUGCGUCUCGCCCUUCGGGGAUUCUGGUAGAGAAAGUGUUCAAGAAAGCUCAGGGUAUAAUAUGGAGUCCUUUGAAUGACCACUUUCGUCUAGCCCGGAAAAUCAAUUCCACAGAACUUUUUUCAGAAAAGCGGAUGGACUCAUUUAAGGAUCUGAGGCGACAGAUGACUUUCAGAACUUUGCGGACUGCAUUCGAGGAGGGUCAUGCAAAGCGUUACAUAAAUUUAGCUGGUUUAAUGCACAACCAGUUUUUAUCUUUGACUACCCGAAUGUUAUUUCAACUGGAUGGACAUGCUCAGAACAAGGACCUUUUGGAAAUUGUUGAUGAUUUUACAAGUGCAGGAUGGUUCGUAAUAGAAGAGUUCUUCCCUUUGCUUAAGCCACUUGAUCUGAGCGGACAAGUUAGAAGACUGAAAAAUAUUGGUGAAAGAUAUUUCGAACUUAUGGAUUCCAUCAUCGACAACCGCCUGAAGGAAAAUUCCAACUCCAAGUCCAAUACUGAAGAAGACUUCUUGGAUGUGCUGUUAGCUACGAGCAAAUUUUCACGUGUUCAAGUCCAAAUCCUUCUUCUGGACAUCAUCAUGGCUGGAACUGAUACCAGCUCUGAUACGAUUGUGUGGGCAAUCACUGAGCUUCUGCGGCAUCCCAAUAUUUUGGAAAGACUUCAGAGUGAGCUCGACGAUGUGAUCGGUACAGAAAGGCUGGUUGAAGAAGCAGACCUCAACAACCUCGAGUAUCUGCAGGCAGUGGUGAAGGAAACACUACGGCUGCACCCAGUCGCUGCUUUGGGAGUUCCUCAUUAUUCGACGGAGGCAACGAAAGUAGCAGGAUACGAUAUCCCUGCCAACACCCGUGUAAUGCUGAACCUUUAUGCCAUUGGCAGAGAUCCUAAGGUUUGGGAAAAUCCUCUGAAGUUUGAUCCUUCAAGAUUCUUAAACAGCCCUGUAGAUGUGCGAGGGCACCACUACGAGGUUCUGCCCUUCGGUGCUGGGCGAAGGAAGUGCCCGGGCAUGAAUUUGGGGCUCGUCUCUGUGGCCUAUAACCUCGCCCAGCUCGUUCAUGCCUGUUCAAUCUCCCUGCCCGAAGGCUGGACUCAUGUGGACGUAGAUGUUGAAGAGAAGAUGGGAGUCGUCGUAACGAGGCGGAAUCCUCUGAAUCUACUCAUAAAGAGGCGACUGCCUUUGGACGUCUAUCGUAGGGCAGGAUUGCAAUUUUCUGUCGUGUAAAGAAUCAAUGCUCGUUCUAGUCGAUCAUACAGCCUAACGCUUCAAAGAGAGUUUAGUAGAAAUUAAUUCUCUCAGUUAUGCUUUUCUUAUGAAGCCAGAAGUCGACCUCCGUAUAGCUUUUUCCUUGACAAACCAAUAAUGGGUCGGCUUUUUGUGUCAACCGUAUCAGUUAUCUCUCUACCUGUCCAGCUGUUAUUUGUUGUCCAUUUCCUCCCUCGCCAUGAACGAAUCCGAACCUGUCCUGAAAUUUGUGUUCAGAUUUGUUCAGAUCGUUCAGAUUUGUUAAGAGAGGAUCAGUUAUUUACAUGAGUCAUGUUCUUAUCACAACCCUCAUGCUCUAAUCAUGUGAGAUAAGAG